AUGAAGAACCAACUGCAGGAACUCAUCACAAAAAAAGACUUCGCGAAUUCAAUACAGGCUCUGCAGGCCAAACUGGAUGUGGGAUUGAACAGAAUGGAGGAACUUAGGACGAAAUAUAAUGACAAUUUACCUGACUCUUGUCCCAAUGGCAGUACCAAUUUCAUUUACCAAAUUAAGGUUCGGGAUCUUGAACCCUUUAAAGUGUCAUGUGCGACGUCUCCGCCUGGUUGGACUGUAAUUCAGAGACGCAUUGACGGAUCCGAGAACUUCAAUAGAACCUGGAAUGACUAUAAAUCUGGAUUUGGGAAUGUCAGUGGAGAAUUCUUCAUCGGGCUGGAAAAAUUGCAUCGGAUGACUGAAGAACGACCCCACGAACUCUACAUUAAACUUGGGAUGGUUGAUGGAUCCACCAGCUACGCUCAAUACGAUGACUUUAAGAUUGGAAGUGAGGAGGAAUUGUACGAGUUGAAGAAUCUAGGGAAAUAUUCUGGUGAAGCUGGAGACUCCCUUACAUUCAAUAAGAACCAAAAGUUCUCCACAAUUGAUCGUGAUAAUGACUCUGCUUCUAUGAAUUGUGCCAAUGAAUUCGGUGCAUGGUGGAACAAAAACUGUUCAAACAGUAAGCUCAAUGCAAAAUACUACAAAGAUGGCAAAGGUGAUGACGGAAUUCAUUGGGCCUCAUUUCAAAAAAACGACUGGAGUAUUUCACUUACCUUUGUUGAGAUGAUGAUAAGGCCCAAGUCCUUAUGA